GAAGAACGUAAACGUUUUGCUUGGAUUACAUAUUUGGCAACUGAUCUGAUUUUUUCUAUCAGACUAUUUUGGCAUGAUCGUCAAUGAGAUUAUUGUGGGUGCUCAUCGCGCAGGUCAAUAUGCAAUGGAUUGAGGGCGCACAAGUCAUAUACCCUUAAUCAUUGGAAAAUGCCUCCUUCCACGAAGAAUCCCUUUUAUUAUCAUUUGUUUGUGCCCUGGGGACUCUCAUAUGGUCUCCACCAUAUUUAUACAGCAGGCAAACGCCAUCACCGGGAAUUAUCCACCAACCACAGCAUAUCGAGAUAUGAUAUGGCCACCGUACACUCCGAGUUCACAUAGCGCUUGCUUCCUUCUCUGUUAUCAUUGCCGCCCUUGUCCCUCCCAUGGAGCUGACUCGUCGUAAUGUGCGUUCCAUGUCGACUGCAAGUCCCCCGGCUGCAUUGCAUCUUGGCAACGGCCUUCAAGCAUGAAGUCAAAAAGCCAUCGAUCUUCGAGGACAUCCUUGCACUUAAGAGCUCUCGCUCUGAGCUCGCACCGUGCCUUUGUUCCUAGGCCAUAAUUCCCGCUGCCAGGUUCUCUCUCAGUUGCAGACCUUGCUUGUUCGCGACGACCCUCCAAUCUGGGAAUAGUCCCUCGCCCUCGGUGCUAAGCUGAGCAGGAACGUACGCCGGGCAGGGCUUGUUGAACAGUACCUUGAUCCAUGACAUGUGCGCUUGUCGAGCGCUGCAUUGAACAUG